AUAGCUUAUCUUGAUCGAUUUGGGUUUUGUGCGGAUGUGUGUUUUGUGUCAUUACAAACCAAAAAGGGCCGCCAUCAUCAGCGCCAGAAGACCCAGGGGAACGCUGUGCAGCUUCUCUCCCUACUAAAUUAACGGUCGCUGCGACGUAGUUAUGCAGAUGUCUGCCGCCAUUGAAAUGAUUUUGGUGGCAGUUUUACUGGCAAUAGUCGGUCCACCAGCUCCCGGCGGCUCCGCUGCUCAAUCUAACUUAACGACUUUGGUGUACUACAAUCAAACUGCCACGUGGGAUGAGGCCACUGAGGCAUGCGGUCGAUUUGGUGGAUACUUAGUGCACAUCGAAGACGAUAACAAACACGCGGUCGUCAUGGCAACCAUUCAGCAGCUGACAAACAAAACUAUUGAUCAUAUCUGGUUAGGGCAGAUACGGCCUACCUUAGACACCACCGAGUUCAUUUGGACAAACACGUGCACUCCAGUGACCUAUAACAACUGGGGAUAUGGGCAGCCCUCGAACGACAACUCGGAGCAAUGUGUCAGGGUGGAGAUGUCUUCCCAGACGUGGGAAACGGCUCGGUGUGGAUCCAGCGCCGAGAUUUUCUGCGAACACAGCAGCAAGAAACCGUGCAUGUACGAAGCACAUGAGGAAACGGACUUGGAUAUUCCGGUCACACUAUUAGCAGAAAAUGUCACGGCGAAAUCAUCCACCGAGUGCCAGAACCUGUGUAGCGAUGAUGAUUUAAGCGGCAAUGAAUGCUGGGCAGCAAGUUUUUCAAGCUUAGUGAGUACGGGUGUAUGCAAGCUGUACCGACACCAAAGCAUCCAGGCUGUCCAAGACUACGCCCACAUGGUAAAUACACCUGGAUCGACCCUGUGGUUCAAGAAAUGCCUACAAGGUGUGGAGCGACCAUCCGUGAAACUCGUGUCGGCGGGGGGAGAGUGGAACGAGUACAAAUGCGAUACAAACACCUUUUGGUUUAUGUCCGAGGGGGAAUGCGAGUGCCCUUGUCAGACGCUAACAGAGGCGGAACGACAGGCUUUCAUCGGGGACAUACUCUCUUCUCUGACCAUCAACAUAUCAAAUCUCUCCUCCGUUCGGCGGAAGUACUACAGCGUCGUCGAGAAUGACGUCGUGACCCUGGGGCUGGGUUACAGUGGCGUCAUCUUCAUCGUCAUCACAUUACUGCUGAUCAUUCUCUCUGACGUCGACGUCCUCAUUCGGGGACGAAGUGCAGUUUUCAAGGGGUAAAACUAGCUCAGAAGACAAAACCAAUUUUUGUUUUGUAAAAGUUACCUGAUAUUUAAAACCCUUGAGGCGGGGAACAUUGUCCGCCUGAAACAAGUGUGUCCACGCAUAUUGCUCUUAGGUAAUUCACAAGAGCUGCGGUGUAAGACGAGGAAAUGAUGUCUAUUUGCAGAGCAGGAACCAACUGCUAGAGGCGAGAAAUGUCUCAUCGCGCACGUUCAGAAUGCGUAAUGAUGUCACUAUACAGCUUUGCUCAGAAUCUCUCUCGGAAUAAUGUCUGGCAGAUUAUCCUAAAUAUAUAUGAUGUUUAUCAACCAAACUCAUGCAGCCGAUGUCCUAAAUUACAGGUAAAUUUUGGAGUUUCAGAUGAAC